AUGUCUGAAGAAACAAAUUCAAACACAACAAUUAAAAUCGAACCGUUCGAUGAUUAUCCUCAAGUGAAACAGGAAUUUGGUGAUUGUGAAAAUACAUCAGAUUUGUAUAUGGAUGAUGAUAUAUGUCUGCAGCAAUUUCUUAAAUCCGAGGUUACAGUUGACGAGGAAAUAAAACAAGAGACGAUUUAUGACCAAGAAGACGUGACUAACACAAACAAAACAGUUUUAGAUGAAAGUUCUAAUAUAAGGGUUGAAGAGGUCAGUAAUUCAAGUAAUUUAGUGGAUAGCACAAACAAAUCAUUUGAAGAAGUUUCAGCAAAAACUAAAAUAACUAAUAACUUGAAACCGUAUAAAUGUGAAUCAUGCAAUAAAACAUUCAAAACAAAAAAUAUCUUAAAACAACAUGAAAGGAUCCAUUCUGCAGAACGCUCUUAUAAGUGCAAACUAUGCAAUAAAAGAUUUUCACAGUCAAGUAAUUUAAGACAGCAUUUAUCAGUUCAUACUGGAGAACAUCCUUAUGUGUGCGAAAUAUGCAAUAAAACAUUCACAACAAAAAAUAGCUUAAAACAACAUGAAAUGAUCCAUACUGGAGAACGGCCUCAUGAGUGCAAAAUAUGCAAUAAAAGAUUUGCACUGAUAAGUAAUUUAAGAAAGCAUUCAUCAGCGCAUACUGAAGAACGUGCUUAUGAUUGUGAAAUAUGCAAUAAAAAAUUCAAAAGAAAACAAACAUUAACUCAACAUGAAAUAGUACAUACUGGAGAACGCUGUCAUGAGUGUAAUAUAUGCAAUAAAAGAUUUUCACAGUCAAGUCAUUUAAGAAGGCAUUUAUCAGUGCAUACCGGAGAACGUCCUUAUAUUUGUGAAAUAUGUAAUGAAAAAUUCAGAUUGAAAGAAUACUUAAAACAACAUGAAAUGAUCCAUACUGGAGUACGCCCUCAUGAGUGUGUAAUAUGCAAAAAAACAUUUUUAGUGUUAAGUCAUUUAAAAAGUCAUAUAUUAAUGCAUAAUGAAGAACGUGCUUAUGAUUGUGAAAUGUGCAAUAAAAAAUUCAAAACAAAACAAGCAUUAACUGAACAUAAAAUAGUACAUACUGGAGAACGGCCUCAUGAGUGCAAAAUAUGCAAUAAAAGAUUUACACAGUCAAGUAGUUUAAAAGGGCAUUUAUCAGUGCAUAGUGAAGAACGACCUUAUGAAUGUGAGACAUGCAAUAAAACAUUCAAAACUAAAUCUAUAUUAAGGCACCAUAAAAUUGUACAUACUGGAGAACGGCCUUAUGAGUGCAAAAUAUGCAAUAAAAGAUUUUCACAGGCAGGUAAUUUAAGAAAGCAUUUAUCACUGCAUAUUGAAGAACGACCUUAUGAAUGCAAGACAUGCAAUAAGACAUUCAAAACUAAACAUUUAUUAAUGCGACAUGAAAUAGGACAUAGUAGGAAACAAACUGUAAAAAAACAGUCCUUAUAA